UUUUACGAAAGAUAACGUGAUAUUGGGACCAUGCGAAGUGCGUGGUGGGGGUAAGUAAAGCGAUCCCAGCGCAUAAGGUGGUAAAAAUUUGAACUAACUGCGGAUAGCGUCUUUAACAUUUCGUACAAUGAUAUGGCUCGAAAUGAAACUUUGAUUUACGAUUACUCCUGAAAUAUUCAUUUAAAUUGUAUGGUGUAAGGUACCAUUGUAAUCUGUAUGAAAUGCUUAAUAUAACUAACGUAUUUAUUUUGAUAAUUGUUAAUAAUGUAUCCAUGUAAAUAGCUUUGCAAAUGCCACAUAUUACGUGAUCUUUUUCUAGAAGUUAAGAAUGGAUAUAGUAAGUUAUCCUCAAAAGAUAGACAUUUCACAUCGCGGACUUUUUUGUAGACCUAUGAAUGAGAAACAACCCCACCAUACUUUGUGUUGUUAUAGCUCAAACGGAUUAGGCAGCGUUUUCGAUUAAAGCUCCUAGCCAGCGUGAUUUUUUCCGACAACAUCGUUAUAUUUCAAACAAUUUACACAAAACCUUAACAAGUUAUAUACUUAAGCCUUCCUCAAGAAUCACUCUAUUGAUAGAUGAAAGUCGUAUGAAAAUCCGUUCAGUAGUUUUUAGUUUUGGAGUAGUUUUAUAAGAUGUAGUGAAUUGACGUUUUCCCCUAGAAUUGCGGACACUAGGUUGCGUGACAGUCGUGCACGCUCCUAAUAAUUGAUUAACCUAUGUAACAUAUAUAUAAAUACGAUAUGGUUAAUUAUAUGAAGGUGAAGUGCAAUGUAGGUUAUGUAUUUUAAUCGUUAAAAAAAGAUAAAACUAGAACGAACCUGCGAGGAAAUAUCCACUUAUAAUGCAACGUUCAUGCAUGUACAUGUUGAAUGUUUAUGUUUAUAAAUAUGUACAAUUCUAUAUAUAUUUUGUUUAUGACAAACAGAGAAGACGCUUCACCCAACUUUAUUGCGGCAGUGGAGCGUUUUAUAAUAUUAAAGUAUCAAUAUAAACAGGUCAUCAAUUAAAAUCAAAUAUCCAGAUAAAAGCCAGAUAACGUAGUAGAUAUUAUAAUGUUAUGCGAUUAGAGUUAUCAAAUCAAUCAUAGUAGCCAUAUAAUAUCUGUCACAAGUGAGGUUAUAUUACUAUUGUAAAUACGUAGUUUGUGUGCAUCGCAACGCGGAGACCGGUGUCAUCCUACUCAUUAUCUGCGUUGACCUCGGGACUACUCAGUUACAUAAACGCUAUGAUACCGCUCAUAGUAGCGUGCGUUGUUAUCGUUUGCUGUCUGUACUCGUUCAGUACGCGCGGCUAUGACUACUGGCAGAAAAAAGGAGUGCAACAUGAAAAACCACUACCAUUUAUCGGAAGCGCAGGAAGAAUAUUUGCCCAGAAGAUGAGCAUGACCGAAUACUUUACGGAGUUGUACCGAAAAUAUCCAAAGGAGAAACUAGUUGGAUAUUACUUUUCGCGUGAAAAAGCUGUAGUCUUAAGGGAUCCGGAGCUUGUGAAAUGUGUUUUAAUCACGGACUUCCAAUACUUUUAUCGUCGUGGAAUCAAUUAUCAUAAGGAUGUCGUGGAGCCGAUGUUCAAGAACCUGUUUUUUGCGGAUGGAGAUCUGUGGAAGCUGCUGAGGCAGAGGAUGACGCCCGCUUUCACGUCCGGCAAGCUGAAGGCGAUGUUCCCUCUGAUCGUGGAGAGGACUGAGCGGCUGCAGCGCACGGCCGCCGCCACCGCGGAACGCGGCGCGGAGGUGGACGUGCGCGACCUCAUGGCGCGCUACACCACCGACUUCAUCGGCGCCUGCGGCUUUGGCAUCGACGCUAACUCGAUCGACGAUGAGGAUGCUCCAUUUCGAAAACUGGGCAAACGUAUAUUCACACCUUCUCUCAGAGAUAUCAUUGUUACUGUUGCAAAAUGGUUGGCACCGGAUUUAUUCAAGUGUUUAAGAACUGUUGCUCCAGAAGUAGAACAGGAUACGUUGAGUUUGGUGAGAAGUAUCAUGGAACAAAGAAACUACCAGCCUUCAGGCAGAAACGAUUUUAUAGAUCUUUUGUUAGAGUUGAAACAGAAAGGCAAAAUUGUUGGUGAAUCGAUAGAACACAGGAAUUCGGAUGGCACGUCGAAGAUCGCAGAGCUAGAGUUAGAUAACUUGCUCAUGGCAGCGCAGGUGUUCGUGUUUUUCGCGGCGGGUUUCGAGACGUCCUCGUCGGCGACCAGCUACACGCUGCACCAGCUCGCACUGCACCCUGACCAGCAGGCCAAGUGCCAGCAGGAGAUCGAUGGAGUACUCACCAGAUACGGUGGGAAACUUUGCUACGAGGCCGUGAACGAAAUGAAAUAUUUGAAAAUGUGUUUUUAUGAAAGCAUGCGUCUGUUUCCAUCACUGGGUUUCCUGAUACGAAAAUGCGCGAAGCCCUACACGUUCCCAGGAACUGACGUGAGCAUAGAUGAGGGUAUAGCCGUGAUCAUCCCAGUUCAGGGUCUGCAAACUGAUGAGCAGUACUUCGACGAACCAGAGCAGUUCCGACCGGAGAGAUUCCAUCCGGAUAACCGUGUAGAAAACCACGUGUAUCUGCCGUUUGGAGAAGGUCCUCGAGCAUGUAUUGGAGAGCGUUUGGGUCUGAUGCAGUCGCUGGCGGGGCUGGCGGCGCUGCUGCGCCAGUGCUCAGUGGCGCCAUCUAUUAGCACCAAACGGAACCCGCCCAAGGAACCCACGGGGCACGUCGUGCAGUCCCUUAAGGGAGGAGUGCCGUUGCUUUUGAAGAAGAGGAAAAUAUACGAGUAACGGAUGAUAGUUGUUUUUGAUUAUACCCUCCAAAGAAUCCAAAUGAUUUAAGAAUUCUUUUUUUGAAAUAGC